GCGCAGUCACAUGUGAGCGAAUGGAGAACCUGAGAGAAACUAUCGAUAUUUCCUUUCUUUUACAGACGGCAAUAGUGCAACAAUGAAGAAGCCACGCUGUUCAGAAUUACGGGCCAAGAACAAGAAGGAGCUGCUUACCCAGCUCGAGGAGUUGAAGAAGGAGCUUAUGAGUGCUCGAGUAGCACGACACAACUCCUCUGAUCCUUUGAAGUUGCGUGUGCUUCGUAAAUCCAUCGCACGUAUCCACAUUAUCAUCAACCAGAAGCAAAAGGAAAAUUUGCGUUUGUUGUACACCAACAAAAAAUGGAAGCCUUUGGACUUGAGACCCAAGAAGACUAGAGCCAUCCGUCGUCGUCUGACUACUCACCAGGAAAACGCUAAAACUCUGAAGGAAACCAGGAAAUUAUCCAAGUGGCCACAACGGAAAUUCGCCGUCAAGGCUUAAGUCUUGUUUAUUUAUAAUUCAUAAACAUUAAAAUAAGUUUUUACAUUGUUUUUCCAUUGUAGAAGGCUGCAAAACAUCUGCACAAUAAAAAAUAUUAAUUCAAAUUCAUGUAA